GUCUCCCUCCCUCCUCCCUCUACAGCUUUCAACGUCUGUCCCCAGUCCUUCUCAUUCUGCGAGUUCAUCUAUUAAGUUAGUUUUUUAAGCACGUUCUGAAACGCUUACUAGAGAGCAGAAAGCAGUCCCCAGUCGGCUCGUGAAAAACAAGGAAUGAUGCUCACGACACUGGCGGCGUCGGCUCCCCCUCUGGCCGCGCCGUCCGCGGUCAGUCCCGGGAUUUUCGCCGCUUACAUCUCUCUCGCCGCGCUGGUCUAUGCCGUCUACGUUAUUCUCGUCAAGCCGUUGCGGUUCCGACACCAUUGCAUCCAGCAGGGCAUUCCCUUUCUCCCCUUCAGACCUGUGUUUGGGCAGCUUCCCGAGUUCGCCAAUCGCGACCCUAAGCCCAUACCUGCGUCCGAGCCUGCGCCUCUAGGUCCGGCGAACAUCAGCCCGCUGCUGUGGAAGUGGAGGUGCCAACUGGGGACGGUGUUUGGCAUCUCGCUGGGAAUCUUCCAGCCAAUUGUCGUUGCAGAGCCCGACCUGCUGCACCAGAUCAUGAUAGCCAAGAACUCGACCUUUGGCAAGAACCAGAACGCAAGGCGUGUGGUCGACUUUCUGGCCAACGGGCUGGUGUUCUCCGAGGGAGAGUUCUGGGCGCGGCAGCGCAAGAUGAUCAGCCCUGCUUUCAGCCCGGCUUAUAUCAAGCACGCAGUGACUAUAAUGGACGAGCAGGCAAGCAUUGCAGUGCAGCAGUGGGUGCAUGCCGUCACACAGGCAUCUCUUCCCACCACCGACGGCAAUGGCAGCGGCAGCGGCAGCGGCAGUGUUCCUGCUAGUAGUGGCAGUGGCGUGUGUGAGAUCGACAUGUAUGCUGCAUUCACCACUUUGGCCCUUGACAUCAUUGGCCUGGCGGCCUUUGGCAGCACUGUCAGCACUGCGAAAACUGUGGGUGGUGGCGGUGGGGAGGAGAAGGAGAGGGAGGGACUGGGAGGACUAGGAGGGAGUGAGAAGGGGAGUCUGGAGGAGGAGGAGGAGGAGGGGAGUGUGAGGGAGGUGUACGAAGCAGUGGAUACUCUGAGCACUCGCAGCACAGAGCGCAUGUUCUCUGGCCGAUUGGCCAUUCCCUUCUACACGUGGCUACCCACCCAGGAGAACAGAGCACUGUGGCACGCAGGGGAGAGGGUGAGACGGCUGUCCCUGGACCUCAUUGCAAGGAGGAGGAGUUCCCAGGCGCGCGAGCCCGGCAAGGACCUGCUGGCAGUUAUGCUGGCAGCCAGGGAUGACGUCAGCAACGAGCAGAUGACGGAUCAGCAGCUGGUGGACGAGUGUGUGACGUUCCUCGUGGCUGGUAGGGUGUGGCCACGAGACAACAGCCAAGCUGCUGACAUGGGCGGUCUACCUGCUGGCUCGACACCCCGAGUGGCAGAGGAGACUGCGGGAGGAGGCGCUGCGUGUGAUGGGGGGGGGGAGAAGGGGAAGGGGAAUAACGGAGAGGGAAACGAAGAAGGGGAGACGGGGGAGGGAGAAGGGGUGGGGAAGCAGGGCGAAGGGAAUAGGGGCGGAAUGAAGGUGAUGUGGCAGCACGUGGGGCAGCUGAGGGAGAUGCACAUGGUGCUGCAGGAAACACUGAGGCUCUUCCCGCCCACUCCUGUCAUUAGCAGAGAGGCCAGCAAGGACACAUCUCUCGGUCCCUACUCCAUCCCAGCGGGCACGCGGAUCAUGAUGGCCAUUGCCAUGGUGCAGAGCGACCCUCGCUUCUGGGGGGAGGAUGCUUUGGAGUUCAACCCAUUGAGGUUCAAGGAUGGGGUGCAGGGAGCAUGUUCCCACCCUCAAGCCUUCGUGCCUUUCUCAGCCGGCCCUAGGGACUGCAUCGGCUCAAACUUUGCUCUGACAGAGGCCAAGGUUGUCCUUGCGCAUUUGCUAAGGCAUCUCGAGUGGGAGCUGUCACCCACGUACGUACACUUGCCGAUUAAUGGGAUCACGCUUAGCCCUAAAUACGGUAUGCCGCUUCGUAUGAGGUUGGUGGAGUAGCCCUCGAUCUUCGUGAUGGACGUGUGCGAUUUUGUUAUCUGCCUUUAUGCCGCCAAUACUUAGUGCUCUGUGUGUAAGCUACUAGUCCUAAAUGGCUUUAAAAAAAAAUAUCCAAUAAGGAUGUUUCGAGGGCUUGAAGAUUUUGUCAUGGGUAUAG